AUGUCGCGCGAAGAUGUCGAAUUCAAGGCCCUGGAUGGCGUCACCCUCCGGGGCCACUUCUACCCAGCCUCGUCGCCCGGAAAGAGCCCAGCAGUGAUCAUGACUCCGGGCUUCAAUACCACCCGCGAUGUCUUCCUCCCCAACAUCGCGCACUCGUUCCAAACCAGCGGCAUCUCAUGUCCAGUCUACGACCCGCGGACUAUUGGGUCCAGCGACGGCCAGCCACGUAACAAUAUCAAUCCCUUCCUGCAAAUCUCCGACUACCAUGACGCCCUCACAUUCCUCAAAUCCGAUCUCCGCAUCAAUCCCCAAAAAAUCAUAUACUGGGGCUUCUCGUUCGCCGGGGCCAUUGCUCUAUGUGCCGCGGCCCUUGACAAACGCGCCAAAGCGGUGAUUGCCAUCAACCCACUCACGGUCUGGGAUCUGCCCGCGAACAAGCGGACCAAGGUCCUAGCCAAGGCAAUGCAGGAUCGCGAGUCACAGGCAGCGGGCAACGAGGCCUUUCGGCUGCCGAUGCUGACGGAGACUGGCGAGAAUCCGGCGGGGUUCGGCGCGGGUGGCAUUGGAGAAGAGGAGCUGAAAUUGGUGAGGGAAGCCAAAGAGAAGAUUGCCGGGUUCGAAGAUACUACAACCUUACAGACCUACUAUAAUAUCGUGAGUUGGAGUCCAUUUGAGGUGGUGCGGUUGAUGGGGAAAACGGCGGUACUCCUCAUAAGUGCGGCAGAGGAUCGUAUUUCACCAGCCGAGCGGCAAAAGGAGGCGUAUCUGGAGGCUUUGCAGCAAGAGGAUGGUGACAAAGGCGGGGCAAGGGAUAUAUUUGUCGUCGAGGGAAGAGGGCACAUGGACAUCUUGGAUGGCGAGAGUCUGGCGGUGGCGAUGGAGAAGCAGGUUGAGUUUGUACGAAAGGUACUUAAUUGA